CUUGGCACAGUAAGAGGAACGAUAUUGGUAUGGUCUAGAUAUAGACUGCCAGCACCAGUCUAGAAGCUACAUCUAACCAUUAAUUCGUGGUACCCGGGCACGUAUCGCAACACAAUAUACAACCACCGUCAGAACCCCAGCCUAUCCUCUAUCCCGCAAGCCAGCACGAUGCCACUGCCGCCCUGCACCCUCGAGCCCAUCAACCUCAAUGACCCAGCACAACACACCGAACUCCAACGCCAACGCACCCUCUGCGGCUGGGACCACCACCCGACCACCCUCGCGCAAUGGCAAGCCAAACAAUCCGAAGGCCUGAAGAACUUCUUCUGGGUUGUCAUUCCCAGCCCCAACCCUAACUCUCAAAGGAACACCAUCCGCGCCGGCCACAUCUCCCUCGACGCCUACAGCGACCCCCCAGACCCGGACCUCGCGCGCGCCGACCGAUCCAUCCUCGCCCUGCAGACCUUCUUCCUUUUACCCGAGUACCGCUCCGCAGGAGUGGGCCGCCACGCGCUGCAGCUAAUCGAGGAGCAGGCAGCCCGCGAGCCGGCCUGCAAAUGCAUCGCGCUGACGGCGCUGAGCAAGAAGUAUCUGUACCAGGAGGGGCGCGAGUGGCGGGGGAUCUGGGCGCGCAUGGACCAGCCCGUGCCCGCGUUCAGCAUCCAGGAGUGGUAUGAGAAGGCCGGGUACGUCGGGUGGAAGGAGGAGCCGCGGUACGAGGAGCGGAGUGUGGACGGGGAGGUGAUUUGGCUGUGGGAGGUGUUUAUGCGGAAGGAGGUGCGGCGAGAUGCUCUGUAGAGUAGACGGUGUGGUAGGAGGUGGUGUAUGGUGAGGAUAGAGGCUGUGUAUCUUUGCUGGGGGGUGGUUUGACGUCGGGGAGAUGUGUUCGGGCGUGAGUGACAGAACGGAGGUUUUCUGCGCUAUGCGCCAAGGGCUUGGGAUUUCGUAUCCACGUACGCGUUUCUGCGUCGGAAACCCAAACUCUCUGCUUGCUAGGCAGAAUGAUUUUCAACCUUAGACUCUGUUGUUAGAAAGAUGGGUUGGAACAUGGUGGAAGGAAGGUGGUAUACCUCGAUGAACCCUUUGUGUAUACAACAAAGACAUGGCGCGGUGCCGUUAGCGAUCUCGAUGCCCA